AUGAGCCUUGAUCCUAGUGCCUUUGUGAGGUCGAGCUCCCCCGCAAGCUCCGAAAGCUCCCUGACGCGUCCACGGCUACAAGGAAAGGAAGGGUCCCUCAAAAAAGACAAGAAUUACCGCCGCUAUGCGUCGAGCGUCGAGCGAGCGUUGUCACUGUUCGAUAACGCCUUACAAGAAUGGGCCGAUUAUAUCUCCUUUCUCAGUCGCCUACUAAAGGCGCUCCAAUCCCACCCUCUCGACCAACCAGUCGUCCCGCAUAAGGCCUUGGUCUCGAAACGACUGGCCCAAUGCUUGAAUCCAUCAUUGCCGUCGGGCGUCCAUCAGAAGGCACUUGAAGUUUAUACGUACAUAUUCGGGCUAAUCAAGCUCGAGGGAUUAUCGCACGACCUACCAUUGUACCUGCCUGGCCUUGCCCCGACCCUGACCUUCGCUUCGCUCACCGUUCGACCGCUGUUCUUAUCUCUGGUGGAGGGAUACAUUGUUGAUCUGGAACCAUGGGCCAUUCGCCCUGCCAUGAAAGCAAUCCUGCUGGCCUUGCUUCCAGGGUUGGAGGAGGAGACAAGCGAUGACUUCGAGCCAACUCUCCGAAUAAUCAACAAACUUAGGGAUGCAUCUGGCCAUCUGGAGACCCAGCGAACGUCCGAGUCUGCGGCUUCUGGUCAAUACUUCUGGCAAUGCCUCUUUCUGGCUUCAAUCACGAAUUCGAGCCGACGGCUCGGCGUCCUCGCGUACUUGAACAGAUAUCUCCCAAGGUUGGGCAUCGCUGAUCGUCGACCGAGCACCGCGGAUAGCAACGACACGAAGAACAUUCCGCCUGAGAUGUUUGCGGCAGCCGAUUCCGUAAUUUCACCUGAACCAGGCCUAUUGGUUCGUUGUUUUGCGUCCGGUCUCUCUGACGAACAAGUUCUGGUGCAGAGAAACUUCCUUGAUCUCUUGGUUACCCACCUACCUCUGAAUUCUCCUAUUUUGCAAUCUCGGAUUGCUGACAGCGAUCUGCAAACCUUAAUUGUCGCUGCAGUUGGCGUGGUCACUCGACGAGAUAUGAGCCUGAAUCGCCGAUUAUGGGCGUGGUUCUUGGGGCCGGAGCCUGCAAAUGAGCGACCCUCUCUGGACGGGCAGAAGUUCUCGGAAAGAGCUCGACCAGCAUCUGCUGAUGGCAAGGAGCUUUCGCAAUCCCAAUAUUUCAGCCAGGUUGGCUUGCGGCCCUUGGUCAAUGGUCUUCUCAACAUGAUCAAGCAGGCGCCUAAAGCUCCGUCGGAAAGGACAAGACCCUUCCGAACUGCACUAUCCUUGAUGGAUCGCUGGGAGAUUGGCGGAUACAUCGUGCCAGCCGUCUUCCUUCCAAUUAUGAAUAGCGUCCAAGAAUUCGAAAAGCAGGCACCCAAAAACCACUUCGAAGAAGUUUUUCGAAGUGCCAGUGCUUUCUUCGAUGGCGUGGAAAGCAGUGUCAUCUUUGCGGAACUUUUGGGCCUGAUUGACUUCAGCCUGACAGAUGUUGACAACGAUAAUAACCAAGUUUUGCACAGCCUAAGCCUCGCAGAGUUCAUUCUCGAGAACUUCAAUGUGCGGGAAGAAGACAUGAUCCAGAUUCAUGUUCCUCUUUUGACACUGUCAUUGCUUUUCAAGAUGGGUGAACUAUCCUCUCUGAAAGCGCCACCGUCAGAAACUAGUGCGAACAGACAGCUCGUAUCUGAUGCACUGCAUAAAGUGCUCAAGUCUUUAACACCGUUGCUUACUGAGCGAGCAUUCUCGAGAAAGACAGGCUCCGAGAAAUCUACCGGCGCCGAUGCAAAGGCCCGAAAUAGUGAAAUUGUGAAAAAGGUUCACUAUUUCUACGAAAGCAGCAAGAACAGCCUUGAGCUUCCUCCUCUGCCAUUUGCCCCAAAACAAAUUGGCGAGAUGAUCAUUCGAGAAGCCCAUGAACUAUCUGUUCACUCUCUGCAAGGCGAUGAUAGCACCUCAUCCCUUCAUAAGAAACUCAAUGUCCUGGUGACGUUGCUUCAGAAACUUCCCAAGUCACGCGUCCUUCGAGACAGGCGAUUCUAUGAAGCAAUCUCGAAAAGACUGGCCAGAAAAAAUGGCGAUUCUACAACGGCCUCUUUUGCAACCAUUUCAACCAUUGCCUCUGUAGUCACCAACCUCUUUUUCAUUCAAAGCCCUGGUUUCUACAUCAGCUAUUCAGAUGCAUGUGAACUCAUCCCGAGUCUAGUUCAAAAUCUGUGGCAAUAUCUAUCGCCAUUGAGCCCGAAGUUUCAUGUCGAGGCUGUACGUUGUCUGUGGUCGCUGCAUUCGAUUUCUUGGGCGGACCACCUUGUGGAGGCAUCCAUUACAUCCUUAAUGGUCAGCGUGCCUGGAGCAGGCUCGUGCCAUCUCUCGUCGGAAGAGCAAGCCGAAAAGUUCUAUGUCCUGUGGAAUCAUAGCCAUCACGGCGCGCAUGAACAGCCUCCCAAGCAAGUAGUGGAUGUUGGAGGGACUCCGUUCUCCUACCAGUGCUCGAUGCUCGAGCGCCCGCUGUUUAUCGUUCUCGAUCUUCUUUCACAGGAGCCCGGGGAUGUUUCUCACAACGUUCAACAGUGGCUUCAAGACUUACCGUCCAUUCAUAGGGUUUUCCAUGUUGUUGUUUCCAAGCUCGAGGAACUAUUUGAGCGUGAUAUCCCCGGCGACGAUGACAAUCAGGCGAUCUCUCCAAACGACCACAAGGAAUGCAUCUACUUAUUGCGAACGGCUUCGAAUAUCAUAUCCACCCUUUCUCACCCCGGCUGGAUUACAAUCCUUACGCAUACGUUGGGCCAGAUGGAGAAGCGGCCGGAUGCAGCUAAUUCGGAGGAUAAUUCCAGCGUGAAAAGCCUUCAUGCCACAAUAUUUGAGGCUUCCCUUCGAAUCAUUAGCGAUCAAGCCCCGGACACUACGCAGGUCAAUCCCGAAGGAGAAAGGCUGCAAAAGGAGGCUCUUUAUCUUAUGCGGCAACUUAUCUUGGGCCCCGGUGCUGAGGACUUGGUCGAGUCCGGCAUCGAUGACUUUCUGGUGGAUCGUCUUCUGCUUGCAGCGAACGAAGGCGGUAGCAUUGCAGUUCAGGGUGCCCUCAUUGAUGCGCUUCUGGCGGUUCUCAAGGUACGAUUUGCUCAAGCCUAUCUACCACCGCCUCCUCCUCGGCCGAAGCAUCAGCGAGCCCCUUCUCGUGAACGUCUGACGAGCCCUUCGAUUUUGUCUUUCACCAGUGACAAGGCAGACAGGGCGCCAUCGAUGCCUCAGCUUCCACGACCGCCGGAGCGGCUCCUGGAUUGUCUUCUCAAAGGAAUAAGCUCCGCAAAAUCCCGAGAGAUUGUGGACAAGUGGAUUGGCCUGCUUUGCGACGUGCUUCCACUCUACUCCCAUACGAUCUUCCAGAUUCUCCUAAUGCUUGUGGAAUGCUUCUGCAGGGAGAUCAGAGCAUCAUUUGGGAGACUUCAGCUUGCAUUCCAGCAAACUGAAGAUUGGCCUCAAGACCGCUCCGAGCAUGUUACUAUCGCUCUGCUCACUGGUAUGGAAACAUGUAUCGCCAAUGCUCACGAGCGGCUUCUCGUAGAGGAGUCAAACGCCCCCGCAGCCAAGAGUCCAGAUCAACCACAGGGCUUUUUUGGUAACAUGGUAUCAGGGGUCUUCAAUUCAGAUGGCAGCCAAGGCCGAUCUAAUACCGCCAAUGACCGAUUGACCGUCCUACUCUGCUUCCAGGAUGCUGUUCGCCUUUGCUUUUCCAUUUGGGCCUGGGGAGCAGGGGAUAGAGGCGAGACUCCCCCUGACUCUGAGUCGGUGGCGUCUUUCCAAUACACUUCGCUGCGCAUGCGAAACAGAUCGCGGAGGAUUCUAGAGCACUUUUUCACUGCCGAGGCCCUCGAAUGUCUAGAGACGCUGGUCGAGCUCUGGACUAAGUCAGACAAGGAGACUGCAUCGCUCAUCUUUAAUCUUUUGCAUACCCUUGAUGGAUCAAGUCCCAAGAUCACUAUACCGGCCGUCUUCAAUGCGAUUUACACGCGUACAAAUCCGGCCGCGUUAGAUCACAACCGCAAGUCUUCAUUGACCUCCAGCCUGUCUGAGUCUGAGCUUGCCAGUUUUCUGGUUGCUUAUGCACGCUCUUUGGAUGAUGAUGUUCUCGACGAAAUCUGGACCGACUGUACAACAUUCUUGCGCGAUGUUCUCAGCAAUCCUUUCCCUCACCGUCAAAUCCUUCCCCGUCUGAUCGAAUUUGCGGCUAUCUUGGGCGCGAAGUUGGAGAACACGACUUUUGGCGAAGAUCGACGUAUGCGCAAGGAACUCGGGGACGUUGUUUUGCGACUGCUCACGGCCGUCUUCACCAGCAAACCCCUCGGACUGAACCAAGAUUCUGGUCUCCUGGCGAGAUCCUCCCUGGAGUAUGAUCGGACUGCAGUGUCUCAUACCGGCCCUGACGAUAUGCUGAGCAUUCUGGCGGUCUCCAUGCCAUCAUUCCUUACCACCUUAGGCGACUCCGAUCGUAUCAACACUGCCAUCGGUGCUGUGUCAACCAAUGUUGUUGGCCCGCUAAUUCGCUCCCGCUUGUUCCCCAACAACCUCAACCGCAACGUCAUGGUGCUUCUACAGCAAAUGGUUAAAGUACCCACAGCGGCAAAGCUGUGGAAAAAAGACAUCUCCGAUGCUUUUAAUGACACGCGCUUCUUCGGACUCCACUUGGAUCUGAUCAAGAACUACUGGAUGGCACUUUUGCGACAGUGGACUCUUGCAGACAAAGAUCGAUUGUCGGAACUAUUAGGUCGUCUUCCACCUCCUAGCACAGCAGGAAUCAUGUUUGGCGUGGGAGCUUCUGCUGCGCGAUUGGAAGCGGAUCGCAAAGCGCAACUCAACCUUCGUCGUAUUGCCUUGUUGAUCCUUUCUGCAAAUGACGACUACUUUGUGGCCGAGCUACCAGCCUUGCUACAAAGAAUUGAAGACCUUCUAGCCGCGACUAAUUCAACUUCGCCGUCGUCUGCAACACGGGCGGAAAUCUUCAUGGUUCUUCGCGCCGUAGCGCUCAAGACCUCUGCCACGGCCAUCGCACCGUUCUGGCCAUUAAUCAACGCCGAGCUGCAAGGAGCAGUCGCAGCAAUCCCCCGAAACUCGCAGUCUGAGCUCUACAACGCCUAUUCAUUGCUUCAGGCUUCCAAGCUGCUCGAUAUUCUUUUGGUGAUUGCUCCGGACGACUUCCAGCUCAUGGAAUGGCUCUUCGUGACGGACACGAUCGAUGCAGUUUACCCUCCCAACCGCUGGGAACCGGUCGCUCUAGCCGAUGAGGUAUCACAGAGCUUUGGCCCCCGUAGUGUGUUCUCCCCUGCCAUGCAUGUGGAUGCCACAGAGCCUGCGUCACGCGGUGGCCUUAAACGCCCAUGGCUCAUCUCGGACCAGAUCCGAGAAACAGCGAAGGACGAGAUUGUCGAGCGGGUCCUGCGACCGUUCUUUGACAGAUUAAGUAUCUAUGUGUUUGAGAGUACUUAUGGCAUGGAGAGCGCGGAUCUAGGGGUGUGCCGGGAUGACCUAUUGGCAGACCUGUUCAACGAGAGCACGAUGGCGAACUAA